AGUGGGUGUGCGUCCUCCGCCAUGUCCGUUCGAUGCGCGCGCACCUUUCUCGCGCUACUCGUGCUCGCGACCGGCGCGUGCGCGUUCAUCGACGACGCAAUCGAUGUUAUCAAACUUGGCAAGGAGAUCGGGGAAGAAGUGUUAAACUCCUGGGACUUAUUAGGCAAACCCUUCAAUGUCUCUAGUAGCGUGGAGAUACCCCUCAUGCGACGGUGGGAGAGGCAGGUUCUCAGUAAGCUAGCAGAAGUUCGAAGAGCAAUUGAAAGGCUCGAAUUGACUGUCGAGAAAAAUGGUGCCAUUGCCAUUUUAUUGGCGAAGAAUGCGGGCAAAGGAGCCAGGUUGGAGCUCCGGUUGCACGAGAUGUCUGACUUGUUGUCCCGCGUUGCCACGGCCGAUCGACAGAUGCGGGAGUACAUGCGGUACCAGCAAGAGUUAGAACGGAGUACUUUAGAGGACUUCGCGUCUUGGUGUGUGUCUCAUGAACCAGGAGCUUUGCCCGGAUUGUUGGAACGAGUACACUCUCUUAUAUUCCCACCCCACAAACAUUUAUUAGGCCGUGGAUUAUUACAACUCGUGUUAGACGAUUUACAGGACCAUCAAGACCUGUGCGAGUUCCAGCUGUCCCAGCAUCAAUUGAUCUAUGAUAUGUACAAUACCAUAUCGUUGACUGAGAUCAAAGGCUAUGCUAUGAUGCAGUUUUCUUGGAUGCUCCUCAGGAUUUAUGGAAAAGGAAACUUUACCCAAGAAGCGAGUCUGACAAGACAGAGGUACACGGAAAGGACAGCCCAGACCGCGACAGCCGCUAGGUCUGCUUUGUUCAUGGCCAAGAGAGAUCUAUAUAGAUGCGAUCCGGCGAUUCACCAAGAAGGAGAGACGUAUGCACAAAUAACACGCCUACUCCAAGGUUAUAUAGAAAACGAGGUCGAUAUGAACACAGAGGCCACGUGCCGGGACAACUGCGCGUAUUACACACUAGCUGAGAGCCACGACUGCUUCAAAGACCAAUAUUGCUCGAAACAGAAGCGGUGCAUGGGGCGGAUCAUUGACUGCAACUAUAUCGAUUCAGACAUGUGGGUUUGUCCUGCGAGCAUGAGUAGCCAUCGCCGAUACGAGUGGAUCGAAUACGAGAAUGGGCGCACUCUCGGGCAAGUGGGGCACUGCAGGCGCGGAACAACCAAGGUGGACUCGUGGUGGCGUUGGCUGUUCUGGCACUGUUCGUACUGCAUGUGCCUCUGCGACGACGCAAGCUUCGACUCAGAUCGCUACUUCAGUCUUUGGGACUCAACAUCUGACGUCAGGAAUAACAAGGUUGUAACAGGAAUUCGUCUAGUGAAAAUGGGAAGAGUCUUCCAUUUGCAGAUUUCUGAAGGUACUCUUAAGGAAAGGGGGCAUGUCACACCUGGUCGUUGGGUUCCUGUGCAGAAGUUCGACCCCAAUGACAAGGACAUCAAACAAGACGUCGACUACCAUACUUUGACAUACGAAAAGAGAGCAAUAGAUUUGGACGAACUGGAUUCCCCUACUGGAAGCAUAAUGACUGGUGUCAGACUCCGAAUGCUCGGUCCUCACUUGCACUUCGAGAUCAGAUCCACGCCAUUUAACUACACUACAGGCAGGUUAGCAGCCGAUAGAAGCGUAUGGAUAAGCAAUGAUAACACUGAUGGCGCACCUGAGAAGCCCAGGAAGAAGCUAGAAUUGUACAAGCCGGAUAUCCCAACGCGAUACCGCAGCGUAUCGUUGCCAGUGGACUCCAACCACGACCAGUACUUGGAGUUUACACAUAGCGACUUUGAGGCUGAUGCGGCUCAGAGCACUGUGCCUUUCAUUGAUAUACAACCUGUACAGCCCAUGAAGGGCGCGUCCCUACUAAGCGGCGCAGGCAUAAUCCACCGCGGCGUGACGGGCUCGGGCGGCUUCGUGGCCGUGAAAGUGUUGACGUACGACUACUCGCGCCACGUGCGCGCGGACCCCCCGCCAACGACCUUCGACGAGGACGGCGAAACGACAGAGUUCGUCCCUGUAGUCAACUAAGUAGUUCUAAACCAUUUUUAUACUCAAUCUUUUGUAAGUUAAAUAUAAAAUUUCGUAAAUAAACAUUUU